AUGGGGAAAAAUAAGAAAGGUAAAAAAAAGAAAAACAGAGGAAAAAAUAAGCAUAAUGGUAAAAUGUCAUCCCAAAAAGAGACUCACGAAACAGACAGGGGGAGAAAACGGCUGUUAUCGUUUGAAGAAGUUGCUCCAAAGCGUCAAAAAUGCACAGCGGAUAAACAGCAGUUUCAUGAGGGAAACGUGGGUCAGGCGUCAAAUACAGAAACAUCUCACAUGCAUAUUCCUCCUGAAGUGAUUUUGAAUGAAAAGCAGCGACCAAGUGAAAGGCAAUAUCCCUUCCAAGUGAAAGGAAAUAUCCAACAGUAUACUACGAACGAACAUGGUAUUGGAGUUCAUGGAAUUUUCCCUUUACUGAAAUUUUGGUUUUCGACCCAAAAUAUGAAUGGAGACAUCAAUCAUGCUCUUCGGCAAAUACCAAAACUUACAUUGGAUGCUCAACAGUUCGACACACUUCUUCAAUGGGUUAUCGAUUGCACGAAUCUCGAUCAUUUACAUCCUAUGCAAGGAUUGUAUUUAUGUUAUGUAUUAGGUCAUUUAAUGCCCCCUUAUGGAUUACAAAUACCUCAAUCGGAACAAGUAAAAUGCGCUUUCGACAAGUUACUCGGAUGCCUAGCAGAGUGUGCAAAAUAUAACUGUUUUAACAUGUCGUUUUCGUUCUGUCAACCAUUAGAACAGCUGUCUCGUAUUCUUGUAGAAAACUGCAGUUACCCUGGAUGGCUUACUUUGGUUGUAUAUUUUUACCCCUAUUACCGCGAUACGAAACGGCUUUUACAAUUUCAAAUGGCUCACUUAAACUAUGAGCUGAGUCAUUACAAUUAUUUACUCUCUUUAUUACUACCUAAUAUUGAAAAGGUCAAUUGGAAAAGUCAAUUAACUCUUCGAGAAUUACUAAAAAUGGUGCUUCAGUCAGCUCCAGAAGGACAUGAUCUGUUUAGGUUGUGUGAAGAUAAGAAUAUGAAGAAAUGUUUUUUCACUGAGAAAGAAAGGCUAAAAUUUUUUGCCGACUGUUACUUGGAGCGCCUGCAAAGCAAUGAAAAUAACUCUACAAUAGGAGAAGUAUUGAAGAAGCUUCUGAUUAUACCUGCGAAAAUCCGCAAUUUAAAAUGGGGAUCAUUGUAUGAAUAUCUUCGGAGGUUUGCGAAAUCUGAUGCGCACCUUACAGAUGAAGAUAUUGCAGAUUUUCAGCAAUUAACAUUACAUCUGCCCAAGGAACAAUCCCAUGAUAUUCUUAUGUUUCUGUCAAAGUCGUCCUCCCCUCGCCGUCAGAACAUGGUGUUAGAGUUUCUAAAGAGCCCGAAAUUUGAAUCCAAGUGGAAAUCUCUCCCUUUAAAGAAAGUGGCGAUUGGAAAGUCAUGGUUGAUAAGAAAGUUGGAAACUGCAGCUGAUGAAAAGAAUCAUGGGAUAGCCGGAAAUAUGGUGUUAACGGCCCAUUGCCUUUUUAAAGACUUUAUUUCAUGCCUACCUGUUCGCGAGAACAAAACUAUGUUCAGCGAACUUGGAAAAACUGUUCGCAAUUGGUUGCUUGAAAAUGUAGAUUACGCGCUUAUCAUUAAAGAAUCAGGAGAAAUCAGUAACGUCGAUCUUCCGUCGGAUGUUAGAAGUAAUUUGUUCAAACUUGUGGACGAAGUACUGCGUCAAAAUUUCAAUCUGGUGAAUACGAAAGAAACAAUGAAUAACUUUUACAAUUCAAGUUUUCGCAGUCAACUUUUCAAAUGUGUGUUGGAUUCAUUGGAAAUCCCCAAUUAUGAAAAGAAGCAGUAUUCGCCGACCGAGAAAAAUUUUUUGACCAUGCUACAAUAUUGUGAAAUAUGGAUUGCAUUGUUUCGUACAGAGAGAGACUUUGAACGGGAGUCAAAAUUCCGAAAUGGGAAAAGAAUCUGGCAAAAUCUUGCGAGUUGUUUGGAAAAAGAAGAAAUAUCCGUAGAAUUUUUAAGCCUCGUGGCGAAGUAUGAGAAUGAACUAUCCUUGCUUUUGGCUUACGCGGUCCAGAGAACACCUCAAGAAAAUAUAGAUUCCAGACAACAGCAUAAUCUCACCAUGAUAAAAAAUCUAGUCGAGAAGGAAAGAGUUGUCCGCGAAAAAUUAUCGUGCUUGGAAUCGGCAAUAAAAUUUGCAAAAGCGAUAAACUCAGUUCAAUUCCCACAAAUAUUAAAUGAAAAAAGAGAGCACCUGAAAACUAAAAUACUUAAAGAUUUAAACGAUGACUUCUGGGGACCACUUCUACCGCUAUUGGAGCUAUCCUCCAAACUCGAACCUGUAAUGGACAGUGUGUCAUUCAGGAACAUUGCUGAAGACUGUGUUAAAAACAUUUCCACUUACUCCUCCGACGAUGACGAUACCAAGGCGUUAUAUUUAUUAUUCACGUUGCUUACAACUGAAACUAUCCAACAGUUCAAAGAGAAAUGGAAAAAGUUGAGCGAUGAUCCUGAGUCGCAAACGUUCGAAACAAUGAAGAUUUUAGAAGGUAUACGAGAUGAGGAGGACUUAAAGAAGGAACUAUCAAUUUUGGAAAAGAAUUUAAGCCCCCAAUUAAUUCCGGAUAAUUUAAGGCAGUAUAUGUUGGAUUAUGUUAAAUACGAAAGUGUUCAGAAAGAUGUCUGUGUCACGUUUAAAGCAUUGGAUACCUUUAAACUUCGUAAGCCGAACAAUAAUUUGGUCGCUACGUUAACGAAAUUCGAAGAAGAAUUUAAACCUGAUAGCUCAAUUUGCUUACAACAACUACACGAGCCAAUGGCUGAUGUUCAGGGAAUCAUUGGCGAGUAUCUAAACGAGAAUGAUUAUGAUGUUAUUGACGUGUUAGGACAAUCCAGUGAAUUGAUUGAAUUUCUUAAAGAAAUCAUCCACGUGGACAUCCGCAUACUAAUUGAUGCUGUUGAGGAACAUUCUGAUCAAUUUGUAUCGGAGUCGUUGGUUUCAGAACUUAUUCAUGUGCACGGAUUUCUGGCUCCUGUCAUUGAAGUGUGCCAGAAUAAUGCUUCAGGUGAUCAACUACCUCAACACGUUUUGCAGGAAAUAAAGAAUCAAUGCGAAGAUAACGAAAACAUGGCAGUAAAAAUUCACCAAUGUAAUGCACAUGUGCAUAGCCUUCAGCAGUUAUAUCAUAGUGUAGCAAACCGCGGGGAAGUCACAAGAGAGAUAAUCACUCAUUGUUUAACUAAAGGGUACGCCUGCAUUUCUCUUGAGGAAGAAGGCGUUUGCAAGAUUGAAAUAAAGUACAAGAAAAAAGAUGAAUCAGAAGCUAGUUACAUUCUGUCAGAUCUACGUGAUCUCCGCAGCCGUGCCCAUCUUAUCGUUAGCCCUGACCGUUCAUGGAAACAUUCAUCAGAAAACGACGAAAGUAUGGAACAACGUGUUAACUUUGUUGACUUCAUUGACCAGGUCAAUAUUUUGUGUGACAUCGAAGAGUUGAUUCUGAAAUUGCUAUCGUCUGGAUAUAUCAAGUACCAGACCAUGAAUAAAGUCACGCUAACAGGUGUAGAGGAGCUCCAAGAAAAGAAAAAAGAACUACAAGACGAAUUGUGUGAUUGGGAGAAAAGCUUAGACGAUGCUCGCCGGCAACAUCAUUUUCUUAACUAUUACUGGUCUGACCAACUGUGCGUGCUAUAUAACUUCUUAACAAAUCGGAACCGAAGUGAAGUUGAUUUUGAAAACCUCCUCACAUUGAUCCGUUUUGUUGAUUCAAAUAUUGAAGAACAAUAUUUACGAGAUUAUGGAGAGAAACAGUCAGAAAAUCAUUCGAAAAAUCAACAAAAUAAUUCUGAAUGUAAUCCAGAUGAAAUUAUUUUGAUAAUUGGAAACGCAUUGGAUGAAAUUUUUGCAAAAACUCGUCCCACAGAAAGAGCGAUUUUGAAAGACCAAACAUCUUGUUUUGAGCAUCAGCAAAACUCAGAAGUCCAACCUGGUGAACUUUAUGUUGUCGCUUUGAAGAAGAAUAGUACGGCACCCACCAUCAACGUCGUGCUUUCCUUGUAUGAAAAUACACUAAAUACUUACCCUGAACUUAAUCAAAUUAUUUUUUGUGAUGCAAACAAGCAGUGGAGAGAAAUCAAAUUAUUUUUGCGAAGAUGUUUUGCUAGAAACAAACCUUUUCAGAACAAAACUCUAUUUUGUCUUGCAAAUGUUGAACUACUAGAAAACGAAGUUCAGUUCAAUUUGAUAGAAUUCAUUAAAGCCGAACGAAAAAAUAACCCAAAUUAUCUUUUGGCGAUUAUCUGCCGGGGAGGAGAUGACCAUCACAUCAUUGAGGAGUUCUCACAGUUCUCUCAUCGCAUUCCUGGAAUGUCAAAUCCUGAAAUUUCUCAACGUUUCAGAUCUUCAUGGCCAGAUGUGAAGUUCGUGACGUCAACAUUACCAGGACUUGGUAAAACAGAAUUCAUUCGGGAGGAAGCGCUCGAGAAAGAAAUGAAUGUUGUCACAUUUCCCAUUAGUGGCCAAUUUGACCAAAGCAAGAUUAUUCGACGCUUAAAACAGAUUCAUCUCAGAAAUUUCCAAUGUCUUCAUUUUGAUAUUGGAGAAGUCGAUGAUCCAAUUUUGUUGGACACAUUUUUGUUCCAGUUAAUUGUCACAGGGAUGGUCUCGUGUGGAACCCAGUUAUACAGUCUUCGCAACACUCAUGUGUAUAUUGAAGUCGCUAAUUCAUUAAAUGAUCGGCUCUGCGAAUCCUUGGUAAUCUCUCAGUCUUUUACUUGCAAGGAAUUAAAAUGGGAUGACUAUAAGAACUUGAAAGUAAGUAAAAAAACAACAAGCGACAUUCAGGUAGUUUGCCAGUAUCUGGAUGUUUUUGACAGAAAUCGACUUGAAUCCACAGAUGUUCGCUUCAAAGGACAACAAAGAGUUGAAUCACUUCCAGCUAACAGGUGUCACGAGUUACUUCGCAAGUACUACUUGACUAGUUCUGAAACAACAUUUACCGCCCUAAACACUUUUUUGGGGUUACUCGCCAAUCAACUUAGAAAUUUUUCAAAAAGCUCCUUUUUCAUGACUCAUAAUAUAAAGUACAUGGUAGAACAGAAACAAAAGGGCGUUCGAAGAAAUCUAUUUGAAGCAUUGCUUGAAGUGUCGAAGAACUUCGCCGCGCGUGCUUUGAAUACUUGCAGCGCAAGAUACCACCUGCUUGAAGCAGAUACUCAGUCCAACACAAUCGCCGAACAUAUGAUCGGAAGAGUAGAGGAAAUGAUUCACUGGGAACAAAAUAACCAUCUUCUGAUAGUAUUUCAUGGCAACAAUUCUCAGGCAAUAACAGCGUUUUACAGGAAAAAGGAAGAUGUCCCACCAAAAGUUUCAGACCUGCUGAAAAACCAAAUAGUUAAGGAAGCCAAUAAAGAACUUGAAGAUUUUGAAUUGAUGAAUCAGCAACAACUGCAGGAAAAAUUGGAGAAAAUCGUUCGCACAGAAUCGCGUGGAGCAGAAGAAGGUUCUACUCUGGAAAAUGAAUCUUCUGGUUACGCGCUAACGCCAGAUAACAUGUUGAAGAUGAUCUUGAUAAUACUCCGAAUGAGAGCUAAUGUUCCUAUUAUAAUCAUGGGAGAAACUGGAUGUGGCAAAACGAGCUUGAUAAAGUAUUUGGCAAACAUUUGCGAAAUACCUUUCUUCGCAUUUAAUAUUCAUGCAGGACGAAGUGAGGAAGAAAUUAAGGAAUUCGUUAAAGAACGGGAUAAAGCUGCCAAUGAGAACCCUAAUCAGAAUUUUUGGGUGUUUCUUGAUGAAAUUAACACAUGUGGUCAUCUUGGACUAAUAAAUGGGAUUCUGUGUCAUCAUUUAAUGGGUGGUCAACCAUUAGCUACCAAUUUAGUGUUCAUUGCAGCAUGUAAUCCGUACAAAAGACGAACUGAAGAUCACAUACUUACCGCAGGUUUGGAGAUGAAUAAUAUGAAGGACGAAUAUUCCAAACUCGUGUAUCGUGUUCAUCCACUGCCAGAAGCCAUGGUGGAUUAUGUUUGGGACUAUGGUUCCUUGACACCUCACGAUGAAAAAGAAUACAUCAAAAGAAUGAUACAAUCGCUCCCUGGUAAAUAUCUGGACGUUUUAGCAGAGCUUAUCGCCGAAUCACAAAGGUUCAUCCGCGAAUCUGAAGAUAAUCCCUACUGCGUAAGUUUACGUGAUGUUCGUCGGUAUGUUCUUCUAGUGGAAUGGUUUAUAAAUAUGAUAGAAGACCGGGGGCGUUUUUCAAGGAGAGAUGGCGAUAGAUAUCAGGAACAUCUUAGGAAGUAUCGUGACGUGGCACAACAGUUUGAUACCGAACCAGUUUUGAAAAGUAUCAUCCUUGCAUUAGCUCAUUGUUAUCUAUCACGACUCGAGACUGACGAAUUAAGGAGGCGCUAUCAAGAACGUGUGACUCAAGUAUUUGCAACAAUGGCAAACGUAAGCGUUGAGGAAUUUUCAGCAAUCAUUCGAAUGGAACAAGAAGAUUACCUUGAUCGAAUGGAACUUCCUUCAGGAACAGCAAGAAAUGCUGCUCUACGAGAGAAUGUUUUUGUCAUGCUAGUAUCCAUUCUUAACCGUAUACCUGUUUUCGUGGUGGGAAAGCCCGGUUGCAGUAAAUCAUUGGCAAUCCAACUCAUAAGAAGUAGUCUUCGAGGCAAAGAUUCCAGAGACCCAUUCUUUAAGACCCUACCUCAGCUCUACGUCGUUUCUUAUCAAGGUUCAGAAUCUUCCACGUCUGAAGGAAUAACGAAAAUUUUUGAAAAAGCAUCAAAUUACAAAAAGCACAACAAAGAAGCGAAUGUGUUGCCGGUUGUUCUUCUUGAUGAAGUUGGUUUGGCAGAAAAUUCUCCAAACAAUCCUCUCAAAGUUCUGCACAGUAUUUUAGAACCAGGAAAAGGCGAAUUACCAGAAGUUGCAGUUGUUGGUAUUUCAAAUUGGGCGUUGGAUGCCGCUAAAAUGAACAGAGCCAUACACUUGUCACGACCAGAACCCACAGUUAAGGAUCUUGAAGAGACAGCAAUAUCCCUUUAUCAAGCUCAACGAAAUUCCACAGAAAAAAUGAAUACUUCUUCGAGCAGUGUGAUGAAUUGUCUCGCCAAAUCUUAUCAUGAAUACCUGUCCCAACAAGGACACGCGAAUUUCCAUGGCCUUCGUGACUACUACUCUCUUAUCAAAAGUCUUGGUCCUAACAGCUGUGAUGAUAUGGAUAAAAUUCAUCUGGCCUUACACCGGAAUUUCGGAGGCAUCCCGGCUGAAUCCAGCAAAGUGCAGCAAAUAUUUGUCGAUAAGAUAAAGUUCCACGUGCCCACAAGCAGGGAAUACGUCAGAAUUCCGGUCACUGCACUUAUUCAAGAGAAUCUUGACGACCUAAAAGCUCGCCAUUUGAUGCUCAUAACAAACGGAGAUUCAGCUAUUGGCAUACUCAAGCAGAAUCUCUCACAGUCAGCAAAGGAAACCAUCACAAUUUUUGGAAGUCGUUUUGAGGAAGAUGUGUCAGAUGACUACAAUUACAGAAUGUUAAGUCGCAUCAUCCUUUACAUGGAGCGUGAUUGUAUCCUGAUAUUGCGUGAUCUUGAAUGUAUCUAUGGAAGUCUGUAUGAUAUGUUAAAUCAGAAUUAUUCUGUGGUUGGGAAGAGAAAGAACUGUCGAGUGGCUCUUGGCGCCAACAGCAACCCAAUGUGUUAUGUUAACGACGGAUUUCGCUGCAUUGUUCUUGUUGAUCAGGACAAAGUCGAUUACUCUGAUCCGCCAUUCCUCAACAGAUUUGAAAAGCAGUUACUUCGUUUCUCUGACGUGCUGAAUGAAAACCAAAAAGAAAUUAUUGAAGAGUUAGAAUCAUGGGUUGAACAAAUGUCAUGUGUUGAAGAUUUAGACGAGCAAUUUAAAAAAUCUGAUAUGUUCAUGGGUUUUCACGAAGACACACUUCCAUCACUCGUUCUGUUACAUAGCAACGAUACAGACGAAUCAAACGAAGAGAUUGUAAAGAAAUGUAAAGAUGAUCUUAUGUGGAUUGCAACACCCGAUGGAGUGCUACGCACCCAGAAAUGCGAACAUGUAAAAGAAAACCCGCGAGAAGUGAAUAUGCUUACUAAAGAAUAUUUUGAGAAGCCAUUACACAACGGCCUGGCGUCAUUUAUUGCGCACGUUGUAGAAGAUGAAGAGUUUUCGUACCUGACCGGAGAAGACGUUGGCUCCAAAACUAUAGUAAUGACAUACGCCACUGUUCAUACGGACAUUGCCAAUUGUCUUGACGACACA